AAAAGGAAACAAGAUGAUCACUAAAAAGACCAAUAUACUUACAGCUCAUAGUUUAUGACCCAAGGGCUAUAGACCUUGGUUUAACUCAUGUAUGUCUAACCAGUACAGACCCAAAUACCAAUAUCUUGCAGCGAGGAACAGGAAGUAGAUUAGUAAUGGAUCUGUGCUGUGGCUGUAAAUGUUCCUAAGCAGAGUCUCCAGGAUUCCCACUCUGUCCUGACUGAAUGAGUCUAUCCUUUGUGUCUCUCCACUUUAACCGUCCAUUGAAUCCUUUAAAGUGGAGUUGUGUGACCUUUGACCUAAGCUUGGACCCAUCCAAUGUGUCCAGGUUCCUAGAGGUGUUCCUGCUUUACUGCCAUUCCGCUGGACAAUGGUUUGCCAUAGAGGAGUGCAUCACCGGAGAGUUCAGGAAGUUCAACAACAACAACGGAGAUGAGAUUGUUCCUACCAACCUUCUGGAGGAAACCAUGCUGGCCUUCAGCCACUGGACCUAUGAGUACACCCACGGAGAGCUGCUAGCCCUGGACCUGCAGGGUGUUGGGGAGGUCCUGACGGAUCCAUCAGUCAUUAAGAGUGGAGAGAAAGGAUCUUAUGACAUGAUCUUUGGACCCGCCAACCUUGGAGAUGAUGCCAUCAGAAACUUCCGUGCUAAACAUCACUGCAACUCCUGCUGUCGGAAGCUCAAACUUCCAGAUCUGAAGAGGAACGACUACACACCAGAUAAGAUGACGUUUCCACAUGAAGACCCGCCCACACCAGGGGGUGGAGUCAAAGAUUCCCAACAAUCCAUGAAACUGAUGCUGUGAUUUGAGAGGCAGAUUGUGUGUGUGCAUGCAUGUGUGUGUGUGUGUGAGAGAGAGAGCGUUGGCAGUGCUCGAAUCGAUUUAAAUCGGAACGAGGAACCGGGAAUAUGCAUUCAAUCAAGUGGCUAUAUCACUGAUAGGUUACUAUGGAAACCAGUGCAUGUUAACUUUCAUGUUUUUGCCGUUUUUAUCCCAAAAAGCUGUUGGGACAAAUGAACUUCAUUUGUAUUUUUUAAUGCAUAUGGAGGGUGCUUUUAAAACAUUUUGUACACGUUUUAUGAUCACAGGUAGAUGAACUGGACUU